AUGCAAAAACAAGACCAUUUUGAGCGUUAUACACCACAAUAUCCUUUACCUGUUGAUAUAACAAAUAUGUCUCGACAAGAUACAGUCUGUCAAUUUUGUGGUAUUUCUUAUUUAAUUCAUAAUGAAAUCAAAGCACUUGAAGCAAAAUGUCAAAAACUUGAAGCUGAUUUAGUUUAUUAUACUGGUAUAAGUUCACGUGAAAGUGCUUUAGAACAAACAUUACAAAAUGAACGAGCACGUAUAUCUGAUCUUGAAUCAAAUCUUGCGAUUAAUACUCAUAAACUCAAUGAAAUGACAAGAAAACUUCAGUUAGUAAAAGAUCAAUUAGAACAAUCAAUAAAUACUCAUCAAGAAACGAAAAAUUCUUUUUCAAAAUAUUCAUCAAAAUUACGACUUACACAUAGUCAAAUACAAAAUAUUCGUAAAGAAUAUUUUAUUUUACAAGAUUUCUAUUCAAAUGAUAUUCAAAAUUGGAAAAUUUAUUUACAAACUGUUGAAAACACAUUACAAAAAGAAAUUCGAUUAAUAAUGGAUAAAUACACAAAACAAAUUAAUAAUUAUCAAACAGAAAUUGAACAAUAUCAACAACAACUUAACGAAACACAUCAAUCUUUUCGAGAUCUUCAAGUCAAAUAUCACCAAUCUCAACUUGAAUCAAAUAAAUCUCAUGCUAUAACACAAAAUGAUUUAGAAGCAGCUCGAAAAGAAAUUGAAAUUCAAAAAAAUGAGCUAUCUCAUUUACAUGAACAAUUAUCACAAUUUGAACAAACGAAAAUAAAAUUACAAAAUGAUUUAGAACAAACAAAACAAAAUUCUCAACAAUUAGAAAGACAACUAUUGGAUAACGAUCAAUCACAAAAAAAUAGUGAUUUAAUCAUUGAUCAAUAUCGACAACAAUUUACAAAUGAAAAAGAACUUCGAUUAAAAGCUGAUAAUGAAUUAGAAAAUAUUCGAUCAAAAUUUUUUCAAUUAACUAAUGAUUAUGAACAAUUAAAUAUAAUGAAACAAGAAUUUGAAACAAAUGAAACAAAUACUCGACGAAAAAUCGAUGAAAUGAAUCGAUCACGUCAAGCUGUUCUUGAUCGUACACGUGAUGAAUAUGAAAAAUUAUUAAGAAAAUAUACUGAUCUUGAUGAAGUUUAUCAUGAACUUAUUAAUUUACGAGAAAAAGAUACUUUAGAAUUAAAAAUUAUACGUUCUGAACUUGAACGUAUACAUAAUGAAAAUAUUGAAUUAACAAAACAACGAGAAACAUUUAUUAUUACACAUGAUAUACAAAUAAAAAAACUUCAUGAUACAUAUUCAAUUAAAUUGCGUGAAGCUGAACAAUGGCCUGAUCGUCUUCAAACUGAAUUAAAACGUGAACGUGAACAAUAUCAAAUACAAAUUCAUGAACUUGAACAACGUCUAAAAGAAAAUUUUUUAACUGAAUUAAAUAUUGAAAAACAAAAACAUACUGGUCUUUUACGUAAAUAUGAACAUGAUUCUGGUUAUUCAACAGAACAACUUCGUCAUGAAUUACUUUCAACAGAAAAAGUAACAAUUGAACAACGACAAUAUUAUACAAAACAAAUUGAACAACUUGAAAAAGAUAAAAUUAAUUUAAAAAAAGAAUUAAAUACAUUAAGAGAUGUUCUUAAAGAAUUACAUGAACAAAUGAAUAAGCAAGAAUCAAUGAAUAAUGAUCGAAUGAAUAAUUUAAAAUUAAAAGAAGAUUUAGUAUCGAAAGAAACAAGUUUAUUUCAAGCACAAUCAACUAUCAAUGAAUUACAAACAUGUUUAGAACAAACACGAGAAGAAAUGAUAACUUUACAAGAAACAGUUCAUAAAGAAUGUACAGAACGUGAACAAUUAAAAGAUGCACUUAUUGAUGCACGUCAACAAUUACUUGCAAUGAAGAAAAAUAGUGUUCUCAAUGGAACAGUAUCUCGAUCACUUCAUUCACCACCAGUCGCUUUUGAAGAACUUGAAAAACGUGUAUCUGAACCUCUUUCAUAUUCUCAAAAUUAUCAUCAUAAUAAAAUUCCUUCUGGUAUUCAAUCGGAACCAAUAGUACGUGAUAAUAGUAUUCCCAAUGAUGUUGCUGAUUCAACGGCUAGACCAAUAUCUUCAUCGAAAAAUAUUCCACAUCGUUAUAAAGCGCUUCCACCUAUUCAACAACAACAACAACAACAACAACAAAGACAACGUCGAAAUGGAAAUAUAACAUCAUCAAAUAAAUCAGAACAAUUACUUGCAAAUCAACGACGUAUUUCUCGAUUUAUUAAACAUAUCAAAUGA